UUAGAAACCAUGUUGCGGUCGUUCUAGGAAAGAACUUCUUUAGCCAGGACAGAAGCAACAAAAUUAGAUUAAUAUUGUUUUUUCUUCUGUCGAUCUUGGAGUUGUCAUUAGAUAUGACAAGCCGCGAUCCUUUCCCCUCCCCAAAGUUUGAGAAUGACUUUACUCUGAGUGGCUUCAGACCGCAGCAGAGGAAGACAGAUGACAAACCAGCUCACAUCGCACAAACAGAGGAACCAUGGAGUCGCCUUCAUGAUACAGCCACCUUUGCCAGCACUCAGCGAGGUACUCUGCAUUAUGAGUUUCAGGGUCCAAUUGACAGCCUCGACUUCCAGCUGAAGUCGAUUUACGAUCACCACAAGGACCUCUUCUGGAGAAAGAACCAGACUUCAUACCAGAAGAAGACUUUCUCUGAGGACCAGAGGGAAAAUGAAAACCUAAAGCAGGACCUGCUGAAAAAGGACCAAGAAAAUGAAAUUAAAGUGUGGGUGGAUCCAAAGAGGUGCUCAGUUUACAGCAUUAAAUGAAGCAUGGGUUAGUAUCAGUUAUGCAGCAAUUGACUGUGUGGAGACACUUAUUGAAUACUAAGACUGCUAAUGCAACCUCAGACUGGUGGAUUUGACUCAGACAUAACCC